AUGUCCACACUGGCUAGUUGGCUCAGUUGCCUUUUUCUAAGGGUCGGAAUAGAGUCAUAUCUAAGCCCCAAAACCUGGGUUUGUCUCGCCUCCAACAAGAAAAUCAACAAGACUCAAUUCUCUGCCCGUCGCAGAACCUACCUACUGCAAAUGGUUUCAUGUAGAAAACUGUGCGACAAACAUCUACGCUUCAAUACUACAAUUUUUGGCCAUCCCGAACUUCUUUCUGCUGGGAAAUGUGAAUGUCCACGACGAAUUCUGGCACUCUUUGGAGGAACAUCAACACCAGACAUCUCUUUCGUAUCAGAUACCCUGAUUAUCGGUAUGGAUUGGUCAACAAUGACCGCUCUCUCAUCAGACCACCUUCCGAUCCACAUCACACUGCAAACAACUUUCCAUCAUACUAAAACCCCAAAAAUCAAAUUCAUAAAUUAUGCCAAGGCAAGUAUCAUAACAGUUUCAGGCAAAUACUGGGUUGGUGAAUUGUCUAAAGUUAUCAUUGACAACAGCACAGCACAACUCAAAUCUACAGAGGUUCCUCACACUUCUGUAAAUCAAUUCAAUGCUGAACAGUGUGGUAAAACAAAAGAAAAAAAUCGAAAAUGCAAACUUAAAAACUUCAAUGUACCUAAGAUUGAACAAAAUUAA